AUGCAUCCCGAUAAUCAUGGGGGCUUUCCCAAUGGCCUGCUUGCUCAAACGGGGACUGACAAUAACAAUGCUGCCGUUCCUCGCAAUCGCCCCUUCACUCUGCAAGAAGCUCUGCCCUUCUCACCGCAAACCUCGACGGUUCCAUUCAUUCCUGAUAUCAUCCCCGACCCCGUCUUUGGUUCUGGUUGCCCGGCACUCCCUUUGAACGACUUAUUCCAAGCGCACGAAUUCAACAGCCUCAACAAGGACGCCGCUGCCCACCCCCAGAUGCCGCGCAACGUCAAACAAGCGGUCGACCAUGUCCUCCAGGACAUCAAGCCUGGCCAGCGAACGCACUACAAGUUUACACCCAUUUCGAACACUGUCGCAACUCCGUCAACUGGCAAGAGCCUCAUCGAAGGUCUGUCACCGGUCACAAGAAGCGUCUUCGAUAAAGUGGGAGGCUACUUCAAAACGACAAAGCCUGGCAUUCCCGAAGCGAAACAACUGAAUGGCCAAGCUGGCGGCCACACGACCCCUAAGCAACGCUCUGCCUCGAUCAAUUCCCCAAACCCUCCACAGCCGCGCAGCCUUCCUGCACAUAAUUCUCAGGCACAUAAAUCGAACUCUGUUAAGAUUGAAGUUGUUAUACCGUCUAAGAGAAAAUUCGAUCCAUCCACGUAUGUUGAUGUGAGGGACGAGCUGCAAGAUGACACUCCGAACGUCGCUCCGCAACAAACUCAGCCAUUGCCACAACCCAUAGCGCCUACCACCGAGUCUUCUGGGCAAAAUCAUGUGGAUACAAACAACAAAGGCUCAUUUCGAAUCGAACUUCCUCGCGCGAAUAUCAACCGUGAAGAGUAUGUCGAAGUCGAAGAGACGCCAGAGGAUCCACACCACCUUUCGGUUCGAAAGCAGAGUCAGCAAGGAUAUCCCGAUAGCCAGGACCUCAUCGGAGAGAGCCUGGACCAGCGCCAACGGAGUGAGGCAGCUCUUCAUGCACUCGACAAGCUUGUACGCACCGUCUUCAACUCGGUGGGACGAGUUCUUGGAGAUGAGCAAGGUCAUGAAGAAGUCGUUUCCAUGACAUCAGAACAAGAGGUUGCUAUGACCGCCUCUUCGCAACAGAAAAUGCAUGGUGCGAUUCAGAAGACGAUUACUCUCAGAUGUUUCGACCGAAUUCCUGUAGAGCACCUGGUCCAAAUAAUGAAGCUGAGUGAUGCAAGCUUGAAGCAAGUUGAAAGCUUGGAGAUACGGGUUGACGAGACUUGGAACGAUGAUGCCGUUGAUGCAUGGGUGCAGCAGCUUUCUGAUGUGGAAACAAUGCUGAAGUCAGCCCGUACAUGUCUCCGCAUCCUCUCCGGUGGCAGAGAGGAUAAGCAACUAUACUCCGAAACCAUCAUUCAAAGGAGCGUGGAUAUUUUCAGAAAGGUCACUGAGGACGUCGUUAUGCCCCUCGUGGAGCUAAGGCCGUCCGGGCCUGCCUCAGGAGUUUUCAAAGCUCUGUCAAAAAACAAGAAGCCUAUCACAUCGGUCUUCCUUUGCUGUCAAAAGUUGUUUGCAUUGCUGGCUGAGCUUGUCACCAAGAUCGAGCUCUCAGAGACCGUGAUCAAUUCCCUGGAAUACACGGCAUCGCGACUGAUAUUUAUGGAGAAUGCCUAUUUCGAGAAGGACUCCGUCGUAGGGGUUCAGAAGUUCGACGGACUCCGUUCUGUUGCAAUGGAUAUGCUGUCCCAGAUCUUCUUGAUUAAGCCAGAACAACGCCAAGGCAUCAUCAAUGAAAUUCUUUCUUCACUCGAAAAACUGCCAGUCGGCAAGCAAAGUGCUCGCCAAUUUAAACUUUCGGACGGAGGAAGUGUCCAGCCUGUUUCUGCUUUGAUCAUGAGACUGGUUCAAGCAAGCUCUGGGCGAGUGGAUGACAACAAAGACAAUGAUCGUCACAAGUUGCUUCGGAACAUCAACGGUGAACCGGAAGGAUCAGACGACGAGGAACGCGCACCCACAGGCCCCAAGCAGUUCGUUUCCUCGAUCAAGAGUGAGAUUCAAGGCGCAAAGCAACACAGCGUCGCCAUUAGGGAUCUUGAGAUUUCUGUUUCUCCCCUCACCGAUGCUGCGCAGCGCAAUGCAUCGUAUGUGAUAAGUUAUAUUGUCCAGCGUGCUAUUGGUUCGACCAAAUCUGGUGAUACUCCUUAUCGAAAUUUGCUUGAUCUUUUCGUCGAAGAUUUUACCACUUGCCUCGACUCACCAGAUUGGCCGUCAGCUGAACUCCUACUUCGUGUGUUGAUGGUCAGAAUGGUGCAACUUUUCGAAGCACCCAAGACUGCUGCUCCAGCGAAGAAUAUGGCACUGGAACUGUUGGGUGGUUUGAGUGCUGCCAUCUCCCGCCUCCGCUCCCAUGUUCAAAAACUCAUGAACUCAUCACAUGGCAACGAAGCUGAUGACUUGUCACGAUAUCUUGCCGACAUUGCUAACCAAGCAUUGGAACACAAGACCCGCGUGGAACAGCUUGUAGCUUGGGCUGGACCUUACAGAGCCGUUCUUGAGCAUGUGCAAAGCCGAAGCAGCGAAGAUCCCCAUUUAUCAAGUGCAAUCUCGUUUCUAAUUGCAGGCUGGGCAUUGCAGGUGCACAACGGCUACGAUUCUUACAACGAUGAGGAGGAAGAACGAGACGAAGAAUUGGGACGCCUGGCUUAUCGUCUUAGGAUGAUGAUUGAGGACCGUAGAUGGCUCGUGAACGAGUACACUUUCAAGAGUGUCUCAGCGAACCAGGCUAAACUCUCUUACUGUAUCAUCUUGCUGCGUUCACCUCUUUGUGAAGCCUUCAGCAAGAUCCUCAACAUGCUGCUUGGCUCUAUGGCCAGCGAUCAAGCUACAGUCAGAAGUAGGAGCCUCAAGAGUGUCAACCAGGUUUUGGAGACAGAUCCCUCGAUCUUGGACGGCGACUCAACCGUUAUUGAUCUGAUUUUGGACUGCGCAGGCGAUUCAUCUAUCCAAGUAAGAGAUUCUGCACUCGGACUCUUGGGCAACUGCAUGACGAUGCGUCCUCGUCUUGAGAAUUCAUUAACACCAAUGAUCGUCAAUCGAUUUCAGGACAAUGGUCUCGGCGUAAGGAAACGUGCAAUGAAACUUACUCGUGAUAUUUAUCUUCGGAAUCACAGUAAGACACUCCGCAGCAUGAUAGCCAACGGGUUGCUGCGCCGAGUGCAGGAUCCUGACGAAGGCGUUCGCGAUCUAGCUCGCCAAAUGAUCGAGGAAGUUUGGUUCGCGCCAUUCUACCAAGACGAGGGAACCGCCGUGUAUCAGACGACGCUCAGUGAGCAUGUGUCGCUUGUCAUUCAAACUGUCAAGUCUGGAACGGUCACAGAGAUGCUUGACAAGGUGUUCCGGUCCAUCCUCAAACCCAAAGAUAAAUCUUUGAGUGGACCUUUUACAGUCUGCACCAAGCUCGUCGCUCACAUGUUUGGACUGAUCGAUAACCUCGACCCUGAAGAUCCUACAGUCCCAUCUGGCCGCGAUGCACUGCACGUGCUUACAAUCUUUGCCAAUGCUGAGCCCAAAUUGUUCAACUUCGAGCAGAUCCGGCUUCUGCUACCGCAUCUAGCAAACUUUUCGAAGCCAGAGGAGCUGGUCGCUUUUCGGCAUGUGACUAUUAUCUAUCGUCGAGUUUUGCCGACCUUGACCAGUGUUCAUACAGAGUUUCUAUCAGAAGUGCGCACGUACCUACUGAAAGCUCUCUCCAAGAUCAGCCAGCGCAACUCCCUGGACGAUUUGGUUGCUUGCACUCAGGUGGUUUGUGGGCUGCUCAACGUCUACACUCCACUGAUCGGUACUCUGCUAUCUAGUCUGCUAAAAAUCGAACAGAUACAGGCCAGACCUAUCGACCAAAAUUCGAUCAAUUUGACCUACGCGUACAGUCUGCUGAUUGGUAUGGUUGCAAAACAUUGCAAACUGGAUGAGUGGACAGCGCCGUUCAAACAGAAAUUCCCUAAAUGGAAAGGAGAUUCCGUCCCUUUGUUGGCCGUUGAGAAACUGGUGCCCCUUGCAGCACCCUCAAAGCCACUCGAGAUCCGCAAGUCAGCACUCGACGCCCUUGGAUUGAUCUGUCAAGCUUGGCCACGCAAUUAUGCGGUCCCUAAGCUGUACACAUUGUUUGACCAGGUCUUCAAAGAACAAAUCCCUGGUCUUGAGAUGUUGAUAUUAAGAUCAUUCCGAGAGUUUCUUGUGACCGAAGAAAAACGCUCGGAAACAGCAGCAGAGGCGCCAGCUUCUGGUAAAAAGCGAGAGUUGACAGUCAUGGGAGGGACCAACUUUGACGAUGUCGCUAGUGCUACUUCUCAGCGAUUUUUGAAGUACAUCUCUCGCAUUGCACUGUCGGGCCAGGGUGAUCAUGCUUUCCUCGCCACAGAGGUUUUGGGUAGCAUUAACCGACAGGGUCUAACACACCCCAAAGAGACCUGUGUUACGUUGAUGACCCUCGAAACUUCGACGAACCGACGAAUUGCGGAACUGGCGUUUUCUGAGCAUCGGUACUUACACGAGAAGCACGAAACCGUGCUUGAACGAGAGUAUGCCAAGGCGGUGCAGUCAGCUUUCGCAUACCAGCGGGAUGUUGUGGAGGAUACUCGUGGUGCAACAACAAACCCCUUCCAAUCCAAAUUACACUUCCUGAUGGAAGUGCUCAAGAUUAGCAAGAUGAAGAAUCGUCAGCGCUUCUUGGACAAGCUCUGUGGUCAGCUGGACUUUGACCUUGCCAAACUGGAAACAACCGAGGAGAUACCGUCUCAUAUGGCUUUUGCACGCUUCAUCACCGAGAACCUGGCAUAUUUCGAAUACCAGACGGUUGGAGAGUUGCAAACCACCGUGAAUGCAAUUGAGAAGAUGGUGACCAGCACUGGUGCCCCCCUCGCGCAGGCCAUCGAGUCGGAGAUCUUCAACGUUCGCGUCGAUACACUACAAUCUUCAGCACCCGAGGCCUCAGCGCCAGCUCCUGCAGUUUCAGAGGACCCAAUUCCUGGAACAGCACCUGGAGCAAUACCAUUGGAAGGUGAUGCUAGAACGGCUUUGGCGAUUGCAUCCGAAGUUGAGCCCGCCCGACUGCGUCAGCUGGCGACUGCGUCUAUCAUCCUAUUGUCAAUGUGGGAAACACGAACCCAUUUGCGUCGUCUUUAUGGCAUGGGUAACAGUCGGCAUGACAGCAAGGCGAAGGCAUUGGCUAAAGAUUUGAACAAGACACCAGUCAAAGUUCAAGGUGUUCAUGGAGACAAGGUAUGGGACGAGAUUGAGUCCCAUAUGGGCGGACUCCAAGACCAAGAACGAAUGGUACAGAAAUGCACCGCUCUCGUGGAACUCCUGAAUGUCGAUAAGGAGUUCAAGAUUGCGGAUGACGCUGAUCAGAUGGAUAUGGACGGUCCUUCGACCCCAAGUGGAGAUGAAGAGGAAGACGAAAGCAAUGUCGCGCUUGACAGAGGCCGCAAACGAAAGGGAGGAAACACACCAGGUGGACGAAAGAAACGGGCGAGGUCCGAUUCGCAACCACGGAAGAGAGGACGACCUAGGAAGAACCCGUUGCCUGAGCCUGACGUGGGUGCAGAUGUUGAUGGGGACUGGCUUUGA